GGCUCAGAUGUGAACGGAAACAGUAGAAGAAGAGGAAGCGAAGGCGCAGCGAGGGAAGUUAAAAUGUCUGCUCCGAAAACAAUCCCGAAAGAUGCUCAGGUGAUGAUCCAGAUCCUGAAGGACAUGGGAAUCACAGAGUAUGAGCCCAGAGUCAUCAACCAGAUGCUGGAGUUCACCUACAGAUACGUGACCACCAUCAUCGAAGAUGCCAAAACCUACGCCUCACACGCCAACAAGUCCAACGUGGACGCCGACGACAUCAGACUGGCCAUCCAGUGCCGCAUGGAUCAGUCGUUCACCUCACCGCCGCCACGAGAUUUCCUGUUGGAGGUUGCCAGGCAGAAGAACCAGACCCCCCUCCCUCUCAUCAAACCCUACACCGGCCCCCGGCUGCCCCCAGACCGCUACUGUCUGACUGCCCCCAACUACAGACUCAAGUCCAUACAGAAGAAGGUGUCGUCGUCUGCCAGCAGGAUAUCGGUGCCUCGCCUCAGUGUCGGCGCCGUCACCAGCAGGCCGACCACGCCCACGCUCGGGACGCCGUCUGUGCAGUCGGUCACCACUAAAGUCGGGACUCCAGUGUCUUUGACGGGUCAGAGGUUCACCGUGCAGAUCCCGCCGCCCUCUCAGACGACCACCACCAAACCCACAACGCCAUCCACACCCGCUGUCUCCAACGUCCUCAUCAACCCAUCUCUGAUUGGCUCCAAGAACAUCCUCAUUACGACCAACAUGGUGUCACAGAACUCCGGCGGAGAGUCACUGAAGAGGAAGCAUGAAGACGACGACGACUACGACGCUUUAUGACGCUGAAUGCGAUGUCGCCAUCGCCACUUUUGUACUGACCUUUAAAAAAAUAAUCUCAGCAGAGACUGUAGGAGGCUCCUGACAGUUUGUUUGAGAGGAACACGACGCCUGCUCACAGCGGGACUGAAGCUGGACUGUGGGUUCAAAGCUGCAGGGGGAAGGAAAAGUGAAGUGAUUCUCAAUAAAAUGAAUAAAAGAUGUGAUCACGUCUGUUUGUUGGAACCCAAAAUUUACAUUUAGAACAAGAAGAGUUUUUAACUUAUAAAUCUGAAGGUGUUUCACGUUUGAGUCCUGUAGUGAAAAAUGUUAACUUCUGAAAAAAAAAUCCCUAAAACAUUUAAGUCAAACGUUUGUGGGUCUUUUUUUUUUUUUAUGAAAUUGAUGAAAACCAAUAAUUCCACUAAUAUCCAGCAGUGAGUCACUCCUCAUAGAUUCACAUGUUAAAACUUUACAGCAGAAUUAUGUUUACAGACGUAUGCACAAACUGUUUGAUAAUUUAAUCCUGAACAACUGUACAUCAAGGUGGUGAUACUCUUUUUUUAAUAUAAUACAUUUCUUUAUAUUAUGGUGUAAGUACUUUUUGGUAACGGCAUCUGGAUGUUUGACAGUAUCAGAUUAAGAAUGAUGGAGGGAUCCUUCACUGUAACACAGACAGUUUUGUGGUUUAAUGAGAAACUGCAUGUUAAAAUAGACUGAAUACAAUUAUAUAGUUCUGAAAAUGGUAGGGGUUACUUUAGUCAGAAAACAUGAGUACACGUUUAAAAAGCCUUUAAAGGCUCGACCUGAACUAUUUUACUCCCCCUUGAUUUAUAAAAAUGUAAUAAAGAGACCAGAUUGGGGGGGUUGUGUUUUCUUACUGGUGUGGAGUUCCACAGGGCUCUAUCAUGGGUCCUCUACUUUUUGUUCAAACAUUGUAGUUGUGACUUUCAUUGUGUUGCUUUAGUUUUUAUUGGGUCCUCAAUGAUAUGUUUUAAGAUGUUGUAUACAGGGGAAAUGCAGUAAUUCAGUUUGCCAUGUACUAUUCUGCUUUAAUGUGUUCUGAUGAAAAGUAUGUUUUAUCAGGAAAAAAAAAAAGAUCUUCACCCAGUACAAGUUACCUUUAGCAUAAUUUAGCCUUGGAAGAGACACUGAACAUUAAAAUAAUUGAGACUUCUCUCCUGUGAGACA